GGUGUGUCCGCGGUCUCUCGCCCUGUGAGGGAGCCCCUCCCUGUGUUCCUGCCAGGGCUGAAGGGAAAGUCCAGCUCACUUGGACCUGAGAGCCUGACAGAGAGCAGCUGCUCGCUCCACAGUUCGUCUUCAUCACCUUCAUCUCCAUCCUCCUCCUCCUCAGCCGUGCCCCCGCCAUGGCGGCCGCCUCCAAGUCCUCCCAGACGGCGAAGAAUGUGGUGAUCGCCCUGCUGGCGCUGUGGUCCAUCAUCUCGCUGAUUGUCAUCGUGGUGUGGGCGACGUCUCCGGACCUGAAGAGCUCGGCUCAGUGCCGCGCCGAGCUGCAGGAGAUGAGGGAGAAGCUGGAGGGCGCCAAGGUGGUCUUCAACAAGGACAAGGUGGCUCUGGAGGAGAUGGUGGAGGCGGCGAGGGAGGAGCAGGCCCGCCAGAGGACGGAGAUCCUGCUUCUGCUGGACCGCAUCAACGCCACCAACGCAACGCUGGAGGAGUGCCGUCAGGAAAACGCUGUGCUGAACGGGAACAUCAGCGUGCUGCAGGAGACGGUGGAGGAGCUCCGUCAGACCGAGGCCAACCUCACGGCUCAGAUCCGCCUGCAGGAAGAUCGCAUCGAGGCCCUGGAGCAGAACGUGACGCUGGCUGGACUUCAGACCGAGUCCUGCGUCAGUCUGAAGGCGGCUGCUGAGAGUCAGAUGCUGGCGGCUCAGAGUCAGACCAGAGCCUGCGAGUCCCAGCAGCAGUACCUGCAGAAGCAGCUUCAGAAGUGUAAAGACGCGGAGCCUGAACCUCCUCAGGAGAAGCAGGAGCAGCAGCAGGACGCCUCCUCCAACAAACCGACCGACUCCUCGCCCUCGCUCCUCUGUGGCGCUCCGGCACUGAUGCUGCUCCUCUGCAGCGCUCUGCAUCUGAUAACCUGAGCUCGGCGGGACGGCGACCUGUCGAAAACGACGAGCACUGUGAUCCAGGGCGGAGGGGGCGGAGCCUGGACAGACUGAAUGACUGCUGUACAAACAAAACCACAGAUUGCCAUGGAGACGCCGACGUGUCGUCUGAUGAGUGAUUGGACAGAAACUUUGCUGAGACGUUUACUGACUGAUUUAAGCCUCCGCAGCUUCACCACUCUUUCUUUUUUUAAUUUCUGCUUUUUACUGCAGGACGCCGCUCUGUCACAUUUUAGCCUCGUAGAUUUAAGCGUUCGAUCCUCCGUCAGCUCUCACACCGAUUCCCCCGCUGAGACGCAAAGUCCUGACAAGGGACGUCAAACAACCUGCUGCUGAGCAGA